UGCUGGGAACUGAAAGGAAUUCCUUCCAAUUCAGGAAUUCGUGGAACUCGAUUGAUAUCGAAUAGGUCUCUUUUGCUGAAUGAUGACGGAGUUCCCGGAAUUGGGUGAAACUGAUUCCGCAAUGUUCAACAUCGCGGAAUAGGAUGCCUGCUCUUUAGUAUGAGCUUUUCCUCUUGAAAAAACGCUAGUUCGUAUCAAAUAUGGUUAUAAAAGAUAUAAAUUAUACUUUUUUCAUUACUGAAAACUGAAUUUUAUAUUGAAUUUCAGAACGAUCAAAAGAGUCAAACUCAUCUGAUUCAUUGAAACAUCUCAAUUGCCAAGACCAAGAGCAUUCACGAUGUGAUUCGUUGAUUGAAAAGAAUAAGACUACGGAUGGAACACCUGCAAUUCUUGACAAAUCGCUUGUUAAUCGUGACGAUUCAUCACGCGACUUUCAAACGAGUACCACAUCAGUUAAUAUGCCCGGUCGCUUAUCUUUAACAGGAUCCAUUUUGAGCAGGUCAGUUUCACAAGUCAUAUCAUAAGCUCAUAGGUUUGAUUCAUUCCAUAGACAAUCUUCAUUACCAUUGUCUCAGUUCAAAACUGGCAAACAACUGGAUGAGUCGCCUGUUGAAUGUUCGCCGAUGCCUUCAUCAAAACACGAUCAACAAACAUUGCAUUCAUGUCCACCUGAUGAAAAUAAUCCUAGACUGUUCAAUUCCGAUCAUUUAUCUGAAGCAUCAUCAAAUUUAAGACAUUCAAUUGCAACUAGCAAUCCAACAUUAGGAAAAACGGUAAGAUCCAUUGGUUCAUCAAAUUCAUCAUCAACACUUUUGGGUUAUGGUCGUUCAGCAAACAACAGAACAGAUGCAGGUGCCGGGAAAUAUCAAGGAGGCGAUGAAAUGACUGAAAGCAAAGCUGCUACAGCCGAAACAACUCAGGCUGACGAUUCAAUUCUUGGAUAUCGAACAUCCAGUGAAAGGAAUGAUUUAGGAAGUCACUCAUUACAAUUGAUGUCAAAACCUGCAUUGCUUACUUCGAAAUCAUAUGAUGCAACCACCCGUCAUGGACUAAUUCCACCAAAUACACCACCAUCUACUCCAGAGAAAUCACCAAAAGUUAAACCACGAUUGCACGCCGUUGCAUCGGAUUUAUCCACAUCUAAAGAAAAUAAUGAUUCGCAUCGGUCCUCCAUUUCUUCUCAUCCAAGUUCUAUGGAACAACAGGAAAAUAAGACGGAGACAACUAUUAUCUCAUCUCAUAUUCCUCAACGAUCUUCAUAUGAUCAACAAACAUUGGAAUCAUCUUCAUCUAAUCAAGAUUAUCAUCGAUCACAGGAAGCCGUCAUACGGCAAAAACAGUCGACUAUCUAUGAAGAUCAACCACAUAAAAAAGCAAAAACAUCCAAUUUAUCCUCAAGAUCAGUGAUAAAAUCUUCAAAUCGAGAUGAUCCAAUUGUUGCAUACAUACCUUCUUUACCGUCUAGCGACUUCAAUAAUAAAGAACUUGAAUUAAUGAUUAGUAAUUGUUUGAAACUCACACACCAGCUACAAUUAAUCGAUAUAAAAUGCAGUUUACAAUUAGAUGCCGGUAUUUUAUAUCUACGAAACAAGAAAGAUAAAAAUCAUUUACUUAGCACCAUCAAAAGCAUUAAAAUCAACUCAAAAUCAAAUGAAAUAGUGUCCUUUGUAGAUGAGCUGGAGUUAGUCUCCUACGUGAUUAUCGAGCCGCAAGAGACGAAAGAUCUUCUACUUGCCGAUGAUAUAUCUCAACAAUGGAUAAAAGUCUACAAUGGUAACUACCCAUUGAGGUGUGAAAAUUUAUGCGAUGAAUUUCGGAAUAUAUUUCGAGUAGUUACAAAUACAUUAGAUGAACUUAUGAAUACUUCAUUAAUAACUGAAUUCUUCAUCGAAAAACAAAAGGCCAUUGUUUACUUUCGAGCUGAUUAUUGUUUUUUCGAAAAUUUACCGCGAACAUUUAGUGAAGAUAAUUUGAAAUAUGCUAUUGGUAAACAAAUUUCUGAGAGGAAUAUAUCCAAAAAGUCCAUUUACAUUCAAUAUAACAAAACAGAAGCCAACGCUGUUGUGUUAACAUGUGAUAAAGCUCGAAGAUGGGCAUUAUUUCGUUCAAUCAAUUUAGAUGGAAAAUUUAUUCUGAAGCAAGACAAAAUCAUUUAUCGUCUUCUAGUGCUAUCUGUACCUAGCAAAAUUUCGCUUUCACGUAUCAGAGAUUUCGAGAUGUUUGCUGGUACCGUUAUACAGGCGAUACAGUGUGACAACGACGUCAUUCUGGAACUAUCGAGCAAGAGCGUCUAUGAAAAUUGUGUCAGAAAAGGUUAUUUAUAUACCGAUGGUUAUAAUAUGAAUAUCGAAUCCUAUUCAUUGGCGGAUAAAUACGAGAAUUUGGAAAUCGAUGCUCGCAACUGGUAUGAAACAGAGAUGUGUGCUUAUAAAUCUGAUAUUGCGCAGUUUAUUGAUCAACCUGAACAUCCAAUAUUUCAAUUCAAAUGGAAUCCAAAAAUAUUUUUAGAGCAAUUCGAUCGUUGGACUUUGAAGGAUAGUACUGGCGCCGUCCAUGAACGAGAUCAUCGUGAAUCAAUAAGUAAUCGACAGCGUCAUUUAUUACGAAUGACAUUAAAAAAGUAA